GUGCAAACAUCCGGUUUUCAGAAAAUGGAAAUAACAUUGCAACAGUAUCUGUGACAACCAGCUUUGACGCAGAGUCUUGCCAAACAGUUUUUCUUUCUAACAUGGUUUCCAUGCUGUUGAAAUAUGGAGGCUGGCAUUCUUGUCUCAAGCAGAGAGGACGUUUCCUCGUUGUUUCCUGAGCAAACGACGGGCCCUAAGUAUAAAGAUUUAAGCAGCCAGUUUUCCUCGGUGAGACAAGUGCGUGGGGACGGAAACUGCUUCUAUAGAGCCCUCUUCUUUGCACGCUUGGAGUCAGUCCUACACAAUGCCAGGGCUCUGCAGAGAUUGAAGGAGAAAAUCACUCAAACCUGCCAAGACUUUACUUCUGCGAGAUUUGAUAAGAGUUCUUUUGAGCACCAUCUGGACACAGUUGUAAAUGUUGUCGAGCAGUGCCUGGCAGACAUGCAGGAGGACCGGCUGCUCCAGCUCUUUAAUGAUCAGACGACCUCUGAUGGCGUGGUGCAAUUUCUCAGGCUGCUCACUUCAGCACACCUCCAAAACCAUGCAGACUUCUUCUGUAACUUCGUAGAGGCGCCAAACCUACAAGUCUACUGUCAGCAAGAGGUGGAGGCCAUGGCAAUGGAGAGUGAUCAUGUGGACAUCUUAGCUCUUUCACAGGCUCUGGAUAUCUGCAUCCACAUCGUCUCUAUGGAGGGAGAUGAGCAUCAGUUGGCUCACCACAUCAUUCCAGAGGGGGCCGAACCUUCAGUGCACCUCCUCUACCAGACAUCACACUACAACAUUCUCUACCCAAGGCCGCAACAUUGACCAGUGAUCCACAAGGACUCUGCAUGACUCAGGGACAUUCAUUUGCAGUGGGGAAAAAAAUCAAUUAAAAAAAAAAAUCAA